AUGGAGAGGAAGCUGGAUUUGUCCCGUCUGACGGACGAAGAGGCCAAACAUGUCUGGGAGGUGAUCCAACGAGACUUUACCCUGAGGAAGACUGAGGAGGAGAGGCUGGGCGAGCUGAAGACGAAGAUAGAGAAGGAGGACACGAAGCGCGAGCUGCUGGGCUCAGAGAGCAGAGUGUCAGACUCGCUGUGUAUUCGCUGCCUGCAGCCGUUCAAGUUCCUGGUGAACAGUAAACGUCAGUGUCUGGACUGCAGGAUGUUCACCUGUAAGUCCUGCAGCCGCUACAACAAGAAGGAGCACGGCUGGGUCUGUGACAACUGCCGCAUGACCAGGAUUCUGAAGAUGGGGACUCUGGGUUGGUACCAGGACAACGUACGAAACCGCUUCAAACGCUUCGGCAGCGCCAAGGUGAUGAGGUCACUGUACAAGAGGCUGAAUGGAGACGGUGGGUCAGGUGGGCGUGAUGAUGACACUCAGAGCAUGCCCGACGUCCGCAGCAACGUGUACAAUGGCAACGAUGACGAUCAUGGAGAGGUCGAGGCUCAGCGCUACAAAGUGAUGAGGAAGAGUAAACGACUGCUGUCAGUUCAUCCUAUGGAUUUCGACAAUGAGGAAUAUUUCCCUCAUUCACGAAGACAGUCAGUACAGCAACUUCAGGAGGAUCGAGGUUAUCGGAACGAUGUCGAUUACGAUCCUUACAACCAUCGUACGAACCGCAGGAAGAGUCUGGACCGCUACGCCAUGAGAAACGAUGAGUACGGGGACAGCAGGAUGGUUCGUACCCGCUCUCUGUCUAAGAUCAGCUCCUCGGUUGCUCGGCAGCAGUAUGUUGACACCUCUGAUGAGGAAGAGUACCAGAGGAACCCCCCCAUGUACCAGCAGCCCCCCCACCGCCGCCGCAACAGCAGAGCCUCCUCUCAGGAGAACCUGGGCCAAGCCCCGCCCAUUAACGAGCUGAACAAGAGAAUGUUCGCCAUCGAGAGUCUGCUGAGUCGCCUCGAGGAGAAGAUGACACCUGAUGAGUCUGUGUCCCUGCAGGCUUCGGCUCCGGGUCACGCUGAGGAGGAGAAGCUGAGGAGGAAGCUGAGCGAGCUUGCAGGGACUCUGAGUGAUAAGGGCCAGUCUUCAGACGAGGAGCCUGGGAAGAAGUCUCUGUCUGUGGGGAAAGGGCUGGCGAGCAUCAGGGGAGGAGCGGCCGUCACUCUGAGGGACAAAGAGCUGAGUUCAUCCAGCGAUGAGAUGCCAAACGAGGCUCAGAAGAGAUCGACUGCAGCCGCCCUCUGUGACCUCACCACUGAGGUCCUGAGAACCAUUAACGCCACAGAAAACGCAAUGGUUGAGUACGGCCUGUCAGAGCCGAGCCACAGAGCCCACGUAGUAGGGACUGACGUAAAGCAGGCUGAUGAUGCUUUCAGGGAACUUGAGGAAAAUGUGUACCUGGCAGCAGGUCAGUCCUAUGAACUGGAGUCGAAGCUGCGGAGGCUGGAGCAGAGCGCUAAGAACCGCUUUGGAGGAACGACGGAUUCAGAGCUUUCAGAGCUGGAAGACGUCGUAGCUCUGACUGCUGCUCGAGUUCAAAGUGCUGAGAGUGAGGUUUCUGACAUUGAGAGUAAGAUCGCAGCUCUGAGCGCCGUCGGCUCCAAGAAGAAGAUUUCUGGAUCUCAGAGGAAAAAGUCGACACAAGAAGUUUCCAAGAGUAACGGAGCUCAGCGGAGAAACAACAACUUUUUCUGA